AUGGUCGACGCUUUUCAGAAUGAGAGCGGGCUUGUGUCGACGGCACUUCGGCCGAUUCGCAAGAAGUUCGCCAAACCGCCCGUCAAGGUAGCUUGUUUGCCUUGCCGCGCUUCGCGAACCCGAUGCGGUGGUCAAGAGCCGUGUUCCAAUUGUCUCAACAAAGGCCGAAAAUGCUCCUAUCUACCGAGCAAACGGGGUGGGCCUCGCACGAAGAAGCAAAGGCCUUCUCAGUCGCCUGAGGGCGAGGCUCAACAGGAUGAUGCCCAGUAUGCUGCCAUCUCUGAGUUCGAAGAGCCGCCGGGGAUGUUUACACAAAUCGAUGUGCUCUCGCUGCCGGGCGCAGGAUUACGGCAUCUAGACUUCCCUCAGCAAGUGUCUCCCAUGUUUCAAGGCUACUAUGCCGGCGAAUCGGAUCCCACUCAUGUUCCCUUGGAACCUAUGCCAUCGUCAUUGACCGGCGCGCAGUGCUACAUACGAGCUUACGGAAGUGAACCUGAAAUAUUAAACGCCUACUAUGACUUCAUCCAUACCUAUUUUCCCAUCCUUCCACCACGAGUGGCACCUCAAUUUCGGGACCGCCCUCUGCAGCGCCCGUUCUCUUGCUCUGGCCCAUCAUCAGAACCUCUUAUUAUGUACCGGCCUCGGUCUCCUCUGAGCCUUGCUAUUUCGGCAGUGUUGGCAUUGAUUCCACACCCUAAUGAUCCUGAUCCAUCGUCCCCUGCAUCGCUUCUGCAGCGCAGGACAUACGCCCAUACGUUCGCGCAGUUGGCCAAUUCGGCCAUAGAAACGGAGUGUGAUCUUGAUCUGUCAUCAACAGACCCUGGUCAGGCCCUAUCAACCCCACGGCCUUUGAUCAACCGAGAAAGGCUCCAUUCCAGCACACCGGAGGAUUUGGAAACUCUUCUGGCUUUACUAAUUCUUUCCGUGUAUGAGUAUUCUCAGAGAGGAAAUCUGCUAAAGAUGAGAUAUCGGGCUGGCCAGGCAUUAGCUCUAGCCUUGGACAAGUCACUCCAUGACUAUAUGGAUGAGGACGAGUUUUCUGAGGCCCGUCGAAGAGCAUGGUGGAUGACCUACUACUGUGUCAUCCAAGGCUCCAUUGUUAGCACAACACCUCCUACUCUUGUCAUUAAUGACCCUCAGUUUACAACCCCAUAUCCUCGAUUUUCUUCUGAUGCCGAGGGAUGGUCAAUCUUGAUACAAGCCCAACAAGUGCUGGUAUCAGCGACUCAGUUCAUUGCCGAUCUAAACAAGUCACUUGCAUCGCAGUCGGGCCUUCACUACAUGUUCGAACGGAUGCAACAACUUGACUCCUGGACAAAUUCUGUGCUCGCACAAAUCGACAUACUUCCAAUCGCAUCUCAUGAGCCGGACUUCGGUGACUGCCGCGAAACAAUUACCGCACGAAGUAUACGAACAAUGUCCAGAAUCAAACUGUCUAGUGCCCAAAUCAAAACCCAUCGAUUCCGUGCCUUCUCAGAUAUUCCAAUCUUUGUGAAACGGCACUGCGAUCUAACAGCCGCCAACGCUGCCAAUGCAGCUCAAGUUGUCACUCCAAAAUCCUCGAGUACCGGAAUCAACAGCGUCUCCUGCUCAUGCAGCAACCUAGACCAAUUCCAGCGAGCCUCCUCGGCCGAAUACAUGACCCCUUCGGACUCCUCCACCUCAUCCGACAUUCACCCCUACAUCCCGCAGUACCCACAAUAUCCUUUCGCGCCAGGGUUCCCCUACAGCACACAACACUCUGCAAAGGUCUGUUUUCACGCUGCUCUCGUCAUCUCACGCAUGUUCGAAUCUUUACCGUACCCGCAACCACUCUCUGAAACACAUCAACAACCGCAUCAAAGCCAUUCUCUCCCUCGGACUAUGCCGUCUUUCGCAUGCUGUCUGAUGCAGAGCAGUUACGCCAUGUUCAUGAUCUUCUACAAGGCUCGCGUGGCGAACCAGCUGUCCCCGGAAGUGGAAAAUGAAAUUUCAGGUGGUUCGACCGAUAGGUUGGUUGAGGAACUGCGCCAAGGAUUGGAGCGGAUUAUUAGGGCUGUUUCCAAUUACUCAUUGGCUUUUGAAGCGUUGGAUGGGAUGAGAGAUGAAAUUCAAGGUGCAUAUCAAACGGCGUUUCCUGGCACGGUCAUUUGA